AUGUUUGUAGGUGAAGCGUCAAAGGACAAGCGAGUCAUCGCUGGGAGGCUGGAGCAUGUGAGCUCCAGAUGUGGUACCACUGACAGUCAUUUGAUGAAACAGAGUCUUUUAAAGAAAAGAAAUCGUUUCAGGAUAAGUGAGGAACUAAGGAACGUGGCCAACUCGACGGAUCCCGUCACGGUAAUGGCUAAAAUCAGAUCGAUGAAAAACAGCUUCCGUCCUUGA